UUUCAUCUCAAAUAACCCACACCCAUCCCACCUUCAUCAUGCCUCCCAAGAAGACUUCCACCACCGGCACCACCACCACCAAGAAGUCCGGCUCCAGCCACGCUUCCUACCGUGAUAUGAUCAAGGAUGCUAUCCUGAAUCUGAAAGAGCGCAAUGGUAGCAGCCGCCAGUCGAUCAAGAAAUAUGUUCAGGCGAACAACAAGAUUGCUUCUGCCUCCACCAACGCCUUUGACAGCCAGUUCAACAAGGCCAUCAAGGCUGGUGUUGAGAAGGGCGAGUUCCUUCAGCCCAAGGGCCCGUCCGGACCCGUGAAGCUUGCCAAGAAGGAAGCUGCCCCCAAGCCUGCUGCUAAGAAGACUGCCACCAAGGCUGCUACUGCUAAGAAGCCUGCUGCCAAGAAGACCGAGAAGACUGAGAAGGCCGAGAAGCCCAAGACUACCAAGAAGGCCACCACCACUGCUAAGAAGCCUGUUGGCCGGCCCAAGGCUAACACGGCCAAGCCUCGCAAGGCCACCACUACUGCUCCUGCCGUUGUCGACAAGCCCAAGGUCCUCAAAACCACCAAGAGUGGCCGGGUGACUAAGACGACGGCUAAGCCUGCAGAGAAGGCCACCAAGAAGACCACUAAGAAGGCUGCAAAGGAGACUGCUGCUUAAAUCUGUGG